GAUAGUAAACGCCAAAAACAAUCGAUAGACAUAAUUUGUUAAUUGCAAAGUAAACAAACAUUAUAAUAUUGCAAAAGUUAUUUAGCAUUAUGGGCGAUUUUGAUUCGGAUGAUGAAAACUCACAGGUGGAGAAACUGCGCAACGUGAAGGUGCCGCGCGGCAUGUUUGUCAGCGGCUGGGAUGACGACGCCGACGAACUCAUCGAGGAGGACAAAAAUCCACAGGCUAGCCUCGAUCGCAUGAUAUUAUGGGCAGUCAACGAGAAUCGCAUCAGCGAGGUGCGUGAAAUACUCCAGCUGGAUGCGGACAUGGUGAAUGCCAGGGACAACGAUGGAUAUUCUCCACUGCAUCGCGCCUGCUACAACAAUUUCGUGGACAUAGCCAGGCUGCUGCUGCAGCAUCAGGCAAAUCCUAAUGCACGCACAGAGCUCGGCUGGACACCGUUGCAUUCUGCCUGCAAGUGGAACAAUGCCGACUGCGCCCAGCUGCUGCUGCAAUUUGGCGCCGACAUUAAUGCCGAAUCCGAUGGCCAACAAACACCGUUGCACAUCACGGCGACUGUUUCCAAUUGCCGCAAUACGGCAACUGUGCUGCUCAUGGACCGGAAUAUUAAGGCACGCAAGGAGAACAACUCGGAGGAGACAGCAGAUGUCAUUGCUCGUCGCACCGGCCUGAGCUAUGUAAUCUUUGAGAUCGGCCACGAGGCCUUCGACUGUGCGACUGGACUGAUUGAUUAGUUGACAAGUCUUUUGUUUUUCGCAUUUAAUAAUAAUACUUAAUGUUAGUUAAA